AUGGUUGAUGUUAUUGCUGAUGCAAACAUGGAUGCUGUACAGCGCCGUCUCAUGUUUGACGAUGAAUGUAUUUUGGUGGAUGUGAAUGACAAGGUUGUUGGUCAUGAGUCCAAGUACAAUUGUCAUUUGAUGGAAAAGAUCGAAUCUGAGAAUUUGCUGCACAGAGCUUUCAGUGUGUUUCUUUUCAACUCAAAGUAUGAACUUCUUCUUCAGCAACGAUCUGCAACAAAGGUAACCUUUCCUUUGGUGUGGACAAACACAUGCUGCAGCCAUCCUCUCUACCGAGAGUCUGAGCUUAUCGAGGAGAAUGCUCUUGGUGUAAGAAACGCUGCACAGAGGAAGCUGCUUGAUGAACUCGGUAUCCCUGCUGAAGAUGUCCCGGUUGACCAGUUCACACCAUUGGGUCGUAUGCUUUACAAGGCUCCAUCUGAUGGAAAGUGGGGAGAACAUGAACUUGAUUACCUUCUGUUCAUCGUUCGUGAUGUCAACGUUCACCCGAACCCAGACGAAGUUGCUGACAUCAAAUAUGUGAACCAAGAGCAACUAAAAGAGCUUUUGAGGAAAGCUGAUGCUGGUGAAGAAGGUUUGAAGCUGUCUCCUUGGUUCAGACUCGUUGUUGACAACUUCUUGUUCAAAUGGUGGGAUCAUGUUGAGAAGGGGACCAUCCAAGAAGCUGCUGAUAUGAAAACCAUUCACAAGUUGACUUAA